AUGAGUUCAUUCAUUUCUCUCCUGGUGCUCACUCUUUCGCACCUCCCAUUUGGUUCAGCUGAGACGCCCCCGACAUGCUAUUAUCCAGACGGUUCAAUCCCGACCGACUAUCUUUGGGAGCCAUGCACAGGUGACAAGUAUUCGUCGUGCUGUGUGCCGAGCGAAGGAGAUGUCUGCCAGAAAGAUGGCCUUUGCUAUUACCCUGAUGAAGAUUUGGUAUACAGAGGUACUUGCACAGAUCAAACUUGGCAAGACUCCGCAUGCCAUGUCGGUACCUGCGUAACUGGCUUCGAGACGACAUGGCAAUGGGUCGGACAGUGUGUUGCUUCGGGAUCUACGUCUACUGUUUGCGGAUCAAUGUCGGAUAGUGCGCAUGUUACGCCGACUUGCAACGGAAACGCUGUACUCAAUACACUAUUCGUUACCACCACCUCUAUGAGCUCUGCGCAUGUCUAUACUGCACCACCUUCGAUCAACACUGCUCUCUUCUCUGUCGAGACUGAUACAUAUACAACGACAAUCACUGCGAAUGCUCAAUCCACCACGCUCACUAGCACAUAUGAAAAUACCAAAACAAAAACACUUAGUCAAACAGCGACAGACACAGGAGGAGGUGCGUCAGCUACGACCACCGGAACGGCUACAGAUGGGGCAGCUGGAACUGGAGAAACAAUCCAGAAGAGCAAGACCGUGACGGUCUCGAUUGGAAUGCUCGUGGGAAUUGUCGCUGGCCUAGUUGUUGCAAUUGCCCUCGUAAUCGGGAUCAUUUUCUUUAUUCGUCGCAAGAAGCGCGCGUUCAAGAAGAGCGAGGCCAUCAAACUAGACAAUUCCGACUACCCUCCGCCGAAUGGACCUGUGGGAGCAGACCAAGUGUAUCCUUACGAGGCGCCGGUCAAUGAGAUCACAUCACCGGUGAAGAAGUAUAUGUAUACGUCCCCGAAGAUAGACGCUUAUGAGAUGGACGAUAGGACAGCAACGAUGCGAGAGAAGAGGGGCAAUGGGGUCAUGGAAUUACAUGCUGAUGAUGGUGGCUUGAGAAGUCCUGCCCCGGCCUAUCAUGAAGCGAUGAUGCCAGUGGAGCUAGAUGGUACGUCGAGUCUGAGACAUGUGAGCAGGAGAUAG